AAAUUAUAUAUAGUUCAUUAUUUCUUACAUGUUAAGACUACCCAAAAAAAUAAUGCAUGUGGUGGUCUUUCUCCGUCAUCCAACCUAGACCUGUUUUAGGUUGAUGGCUGCGACGGAGUAAGAUCAUCACAUUUCAUGGUACGGUGUUCUUUUCAGGUACUUCAAAGCCUUUCUCUGCUUCUUGUUGUUCACUCUCCCUGCUUCUUGUAGAGUAGAGUAUAGUAGUAUUAUAAAACUUCCUAAACAAGACUCAGAAGAGAGUUAAUAUAAAAACCCUUCUCUCUCUUCUACUCAAAUCCAAGACUCAGGGCUAGACUUCCUCUCAACCUGUACUCCUUCUGGUAAUCUGGUAUGUUUGAUUUCUGAAACAAAUUUUGGCUGAUCUAGUAAAUUUCUGUUGUCUAUAUCAUCUAUUCUUUACUAGUUCCUAUAAACCUAAAAAAAUCCCGUGGAAUAUCUGUUUUUGCUUUUUUUCUUCUGUUACUGUCUAGUAGCUGAGAAAAUCCUGGUGAAGAAAUGGAUAGCAUAUUCUACCUCAAUUGCAGUUUCUGAUGCUUUGUUGUUUAUUUUUCUUCAGGGUAAUUUUAAGGCUUUGGUAGCUUGAAUAAAUUUACAAGAAGGGUGGGGUUAAAAUUAGUGUUCUAGUUUGCUUGCAUUUGUGGGACUUCAAAUUACUUAUGUUAAAAUUUUUAGGAAUGCUUGUCUCUGUCCAUCUCAUUUUCUCAGCAACUAAUUGCAGCUUUUCCUUUCUAUGCUAUUUGAAAUUUUACGAUGAGAAUCUUUCUAAGCAAAUAUUAAAAUGUGAUCUCAAUUUGACUAUGUUUUUGAAAAAUUAUCAAGGUACAAAUGGCUUCCGAGUCCAAGCGUCAAAGUGGAGUUGAUAGAAUCAGUGAAUUGCCGGAUGCAGUUCUUUGUCACAUAUUUUCCUUUCUUCCUACAAUAUAUGCUAUGUGGACCACUGUUCUGUCUAGGAGAUGGAACAAUUUAUGGACAUCUCUUCCAAACCUUAGCUUCGAUAACAAAGAUUUUCCUACAAAUCAUACAAUGUCUCCAAUCCAGUCCUUCAAGCAUUUUAUGAGUGCUGUUGAAGGUGCACUUUCCCUUCACUGCUUAUCAGACAUUCGAAAGUUUUGUCUUUCUAUUUCUGUAGAACACUUCAGUGUUGAGGAUCUCUCUCGAAUCAAUAGUUUGAUUUACUCUGCCAUUAGGCAUAAUGUAGUCGAAAUGAAUCUUUCUUUCUGGGCUGAAGAUUAUAUGAAGGAUCCUUUUAUACUGCCUCAAAGCCUUUUCAUGUGCACAACACUGGAGGAUCUGAAAGUCUUCUCAGAUUUUAAUACUUGUGCUCCAACCACAACAGGGAACCUCCCAAGUCUCAAGGUUCUCCAUGUUUCAGUUUUAUGGUCUGAUGAGAAUGCACCAGAAUCUUUUUUCCAGAACUGCCCCGUACUUGAAGAUUUAACUAUAGCUGGAAGCAUCUGUUUUCAUGACAUUGACUAUAUCAAUAUCACUGCACAUGCAUUGAAGAGGCUACGAAUAUCGUUGCGCUGUUACCAUGAAUAUUAUGAUAGUUGGUACACUUUUUUUAUUAAUGCUCCAAACAUGGAAUACUUUGAUCUCAAGGAGGAUGCUUUCUCAAAUUAUAUUUUCAAGAAUACUAAAUCCCUAGUCAAAGCCAAAGUCCAUUUUCUUGACGAAAUUCAAUACCAAGAUGAGAUGGGAGCCUUUUAUGAUAAAGAUCCUGGCUUCGCUAAUCGUGCAACUGUGCUGCUGGCAGGAAUUUCCAAUGUUGAAUAUCUGUCUCUUGAUAACCAGCCUCAUUGUUUGGAGGUUUGCUAUGUGCCUGCUUUGGAUAAUCUGACCAAAUUGAAGCUGGUUCUUCAUGACUGCUACCACUGGGAACUGCUAACAGAGUUGCUCAUCAGAUCCCCUAAACUGAAAUAUCUUGUCUUAGAGCAUAUCCACACCAAUGUGGAUAACAAAUACCCAGAGCAAUCAGAAAGUCGAUGGAAUCCACCAGACUUUGUGCCUAUUUGUUUGCUCUCACGCCUUAAGACGAUAAAAAUAAGGGGAUUCAAGGGAAAGCGUGAUGAGAUGGAAGUGGCGCAGUAUUUGCUAAAGAACAGUGAUGUUUUGAAUGAGAUGGCUAUUUAUACAGGUGAUCUUCAGUGUACAAAGGAAGAGUUUAUUGAGGAAUUUGGUAUGUUUCAAAGGGGUUCAAAGGCUUGUAAAGUUCUCUUUAGUUAAAGGCUUUGUGAGUUCUUUUAUGUUGAAUGCUUGUGAAGUUGAAUUCAUGAUAUGCAAUUUUAGUUUCUACAAUAAUUACAAUUAUUUGAUCCAGUUAGACAGAUUGUUCAACUGGAGGAUGUAAAAGUGCCUUGUUGAUCUUGGUUUCUCAAUCGCUACGUUCUGUCACU